AGCAAAUGCAGCCGCGAUUGAUAGAUAUAUUAGGCUGCAAGAUAUUACUACAAGGCUCUUUAUAUCCACAAUUUGGCAGUAGCAUUGCCUUAAUAAUGGCACUGAUUCCAUCCUUAUGUCCCAGUAUGAAGUGUCUCGUUCACCUCUCCUUAUGAUUUCGACCACGGGUAGUGUUCUCUCUUCUUUGUUAACUUGUGAUGUUUCGUGGGCGACGAGAAAGGGGCACUGCUCAUCGUUUUAUCUAUACAAAGACCUCAGAAAGUCAGCGCCCUUUAUACAUAUUUAUAUUUAUCAUUCCUCCUUAUCCCCCUCUUUGCUUCCCAAAAUGAAAUACGCCCAAUAAUCAGGAGCGCAGAACCCAUGACUCUGGUCACUGAUCUCUUGUCCAUGGGUUGCUUGUUCAUAUCCUCCUAAUCAGCACCAAUGAUAUGCAGCAUCUGUUUCUUUUUCUCGCCUGUCCUUUGUCUCAGGAGAUUGUUUAUUUAUUAUAGUAGCCCUUUAUGCUCAGAGGGCGUUAGGGUCAUUAUACUUAACAUUCCUAGCUUAUCUAAAACCAGCAGUUGCUCCGCUGCCCUCCAACACUCCAUAUCCCAUUCUGUGGCCAUCUUCGAGCCCUUUAGCUAUCUCAAAAUACCAAGGCGCGUUUUGCUAAAAGAUUGAUAUGCUUGUCCGAUGGAAGUUCGAACCAAAAAGUUCAUUCGGACCCGCGUCUUUGGCACAGGCACUUGCAGCCACCCUCUAAGACGGAGCCCUGCGGUUCUCUAUCUUCGAAAUGCCCAGCCGAAGAGUCCACUCAUGAUGGAUCCAACUCGAUACACAACCAUCGAGCCGAGAAAGCCAAGGCAGGCAAAAGUGUCCUCGAAUACUUUCAUAAGAACAUCAUCGCCAAUGCGAAGCCGGCCGCUAAGAUUUCGCUUUCCGUUUCUUGAUAGGACUGCAGAAUCAGAUCAAGAUUCAGAAGCUGAAUCGGAAGUGGAGUGGGAAUCAAGCUCUGAUGAAGUUAGCAUAGACUCAGAUAGAGGAAGUCUAUGUAGGCCAAGAGGGCGCCAUCGAUCCCGCGAGAUGCUCGUUGUCGGAAAGACUGAAAAUGAAAGGCGCGCACAGCGAAGGGCUCUGUGGUCCCCUCCUCCAAAGAAACGAUUAAUCCGGUCCCCGACUAGGGACCGUUUUGGAUCGGACAUUGUAGCAGAUGGGGCUGAUGUCUCUCCUCACUACCCUCGAUCAUGGCGGACGUCCGGAGGCUCUCGCGAACCGAGGGACAUGAAGCUGAUCUCUGAGCACGAGCACCCUAGACGGGAGGCCAGUAUCCUUGAAAUCCAUAAUCAUCAUCGCAACAGUCCCUGUGAAGAGCGGGCCCGCAGUCCGGACCACCGAAAGGUGCGUUUCGCGCGCGACGUAGAGUACGUGAAGAACACCAACAGGGCCAGAGAGACUAGAGACAGAGAACGAGAGCGUCACCACGUUCGAUCCUAUCGCCACAGCCCCCCCGUCAGUGGCCCCAACAGGGACUAUGGCACAGCGGAUAGUGGUACAACCUACCGCCUUAGUUCACUGGAAAGGCCGUUCAAGGAACGUUGUCGAAGAAUAAGUGCAUCUAGCGAGCGUACUCAGCCUCAUAUUAUCCAUGUUGGUAACCGUCGAAUGUCAGAAGCAGCGGAGCGCAUACGCAAAGAAGCGUGGAGGAGACAUAGCCGGGAGGGUUUACUGCGCGAUAUGAAGUCACAAAGUGGCUGGCUCCGCUAUACCCGGCGACCUGACGAGCGGAUAAUUUACGAUAGAGGCAGCCGACAAUACGGCUGUCAUUGACGAGGGUUAUUUUUAUCUUUAUCCCACGGCAGGGCGCGUUGGACGGGUUGCAGACAGUAUGUUGCAUGGCAUCAGUGGUCUGGAAUUGUCUGGAUAUUCAAUUAAUGAGAGGUUUUCCUUGACAUUUGGGUUUGGCGGGCGGCAGGUUUCCCAAUGGUAGUAUUUUUUAGGUCGUUGAACUAUGGCAGCUCGCGUGUCCAUCAAUCUAAUUACACUGUUGGUAAAUAAUUUUGGUCACUUUUUUAUCAUUCCGCGCAGUUAAAUAUGCCUUGCAAGUUUCAGUUUCACCUCGAAGCUUGGGGCUGCGGUCUAUAUCAACCCAGAAUGUCCAAGAUCGAGGGACAGCCGGUUAUCAUGUGAUUCCUUAAACUUAAUUAAUCCUGGUCCUGGGAUGUACUCCGUACUCCGUACGUAUCAGUCAAAAUCCC